AAAAAAGGAACCAAAAAAGAGGGAAAAAAAAACAAAAAAACUCAUCUUCCUCCGAACACAGCCACACACGAAUUUUGAGUUUUUUUCUUUAAAAAAAAAAAAAAAAAUUCAACAGAAACCCCGCCAAAACCAACCCAAUGGCGUCGAGCUCCGCUUCUCGUCGCGACGGUAUCACUGGGCGUAUCCGAAAUUCGGCUUCGACUUUGUACUCCGACAGCCAGUCUCUGAUCGCCGAUAUUCGGAAGGCUUGUAGUAUGAUGAAGGAAGUUGCUGUUGAUUUGGAGAGGGACAAUCAAUCUGAGAUGGUAAAGGAGCUAGAGAAUGCCGUUGUUGAAUUGUUGGAUACUUAUAACAACUGUAUGCAUUUCUCAUCAGCAAUUCAAUCUGUUGGUGAGAAAUACCAGCCUGAGCAGGAGCUGACUGAUUUUAAGAAGUUGAUUGAGGAUGAGAUUACAAAGCUUAAGGCUAAUUCACCCUCAGUUCCACAAAACAAUCCUCUGAUACGCCAAUUCAAAGAAGCUGUCUGGAAUGUUCAUCACACAGGACAACUUAUGCCAGGUGACGAGCAGGAGGAUAUUGUGAUGACCAGUACCCAGUGUAAUCUUCUUAAUAUCACCUGCCCGUUAACCGGAAAGCCUGUUACUGAACUGGCAGAUCCUGUUCGAAGUGUGGGAUGCAAGCAUGUUUAUGACAGAAAGGCAAUUUUACAGUACAUAAGAUCAAAGAACUCACGUGGCCAGUGCCCUGUUGCUGGUUGCCCUAAGAUAUUGCAGGAAGAAAAUGUGGUGUGCGAUACAUUGUUGCCCAUUGAUAUAGCGGAAAUGCGCACAAUGACUAGGCAAACUGCUAGAACCGACGUAAUCGAAGAUUUCACCGAGGUUGAUGAAGAAGAUAGUGAAUGAUGAAAGUAAUCGUAAAAAAUUAUCCAAGCGAGCAUUUUUCCUGUAAGAAGUGCACAGUUUGCAGAGAAAGACGGGGUUUUGCUAAUCUUUUGAUAUAGUCUGGGAUUAUGUCUUUGUAAUUAUUCUAAUGAGAUUGGUUGCAAAUUCAUAUCCCAAAAGUUUAUGGACUAAAAGAAACUGUGACACUCUUUUUGCUAACUUUUGGUUAUUUCCUUGGCAAAUAGAAUUUGCGGCGUGUUCUUUUUA